CACGCGCACACAGAAGGAGCACCGCACCGCGCGCGCUUUCGCUGUUCUCUUGUAUACCUAAUUUCGUCUCGCAUUCUAUUCAAUCGAACAACAGCAACUGCACACUGCAAUGGCGGGCCUGGCAACUCCUGGUGUGACGAUGCCGCAGGUCGAUUCGAGUAAGACCAAGGCGGACGAGAAAGUGGACUACAAGAAUCUACCUUGUCCCAUCCCUUUUGAAGAAGUCCACAGAGAAGCUCUCAUGUCCUUAAAGCCAGAACUUUUCGAAGGAAUGCGCUUUGAUUUUACCAGAGGACUUAAUCAAAAUUUUUCUCUUAGUCAUAGUGUGUCCAUGGGACCUAUGGAACUUCCUUCUCAGUCCUCUGAAACUGUCAAGAUCCCAACUGCUAACUAUGAGUUUGGUGCCAACUUUCUUGACCCAAAGUUGAUGCUUGUUGGGAGGGUAAUGACGGAUGGGAGAGUUAAUGCAAGGGUGAAGUGUGAUUUGACUGACAACCUUACUUUAAAAGCUAAUGCUCAGCUAACAAGUGAGCCUCAUAUGUCUCAUGGCAUGGGCAACUUCGAGUACAAGGGUAAAGAUUAUCGUGCCCAAUUGCAAUUGGCAAAUGGAUCCUUUUACGGAGGCAGUUACAUCCAGAGCGUGACCCCACAUUUGUCUUUGGGUGGUGAAAUUUUUUGGGCUGGGCAGCAUCGCAAGUCAGGUGUUGGAUAUGCUGCUCGAUAUGAGACAGAUAAGAUGGUUGCUACAGGACAAGUUGCCACCACUGGGAUGGUCGCUUUGAGCUACGUUCAGAAGGUAUCUGAGAAGGUUUCUCUAGCGACAGAUUUCAUGUAUAACCUCCCAUCAAGAGAUGUGACAGCAAGUGCUGGUUACGAUUACAUCCUUAGACAGAGUCGCCUUAGAGGAAAGAUUGAUUCAAAUGGAUGUGUGGCUGCUUAUCUCGAAGAGCGUUUAAAUAUGGGUCUUAAUUUUAUUCUUUCUGCGGAGUUAGAUCAUAAGAAGAAAGACUACAAAUUCGGAUUUGGUUUGACAAUAGGGUAACUGCCGAGGAGGACCCAAUUCUGUAUUUUAAGUUCAUUGUCGCUACCAACUUGGCAAAUUUUAUGGAUACUAUCAUUUCUGCAGAGAGAUCAAACGACAUCUUUUGCACUGUGACUGUGUUUCAUGGUUCAAUUAUGCUGUAGCAGGUUUGAUCAGUAAAUUUAUUUGGCAUUUUCGAACCGUUAAAUUUAAGAGCUUAGAACAACUAGAGAGUUAAAUUUACCAUUUCCAUGGUAAAUUAACUAUUUUCAAGUAUUAUUGAAUUAAAUUGAUAUUUUUUGUUAUUUAAAUCUAAUUCGUUGAGGUAAUUUGCUAUUA